AUGGUGUCGAAACCAGUCAUCAGAGUAAUCGGCUCUCUAAACAUUGACUUUGUGACCCGUACUCCCCGAGUCCCAGGACCCGGAGAAACAUUAACGGCCACUUCAAUGACUGUUCAUGCGGGAGGCAAGGGCGCCAACCAAGCUGUCGCGUGUGGGAAGGCGGCUUUCACUUCACAGGCCGAACAAGACGUUAUAGUCGACAUGAUCGGUGCCGUCGGUGCCGGAGAUCCAUACUACGCCUCUCUUCUCAAGCCCACGCUGGAAAAAAGCGGCGUGUCCACCACUUACGUUGAAGAAAUCAAAGGAAUCCAGACCGGGACUGCUACGAUCAUUGUGGAUUCAGGCUCAGAUGGGCAAAAUCGCAUCCUGUUUGUCCCAGGAGCCAAUGCUCGAGUCACAGAUGUCACGAAAGUCAUCGCAUCGGCAACUCGAGACAGUGUCCCCGACGUCGUCGUCAUGCAGGGCGAGAUCCCUCGCCCGACUGUGCUGGGACUACUCGGCGCUUUCAACUCCACCGAAUACAAGACAUGUGUCAUUUUCAAUCCUGCACCGGUUUUCCCCGAAGGCAUACCGAUUGAAGCACUCAAGGGAUUGGCAGCGCUGGUCGUCAACGAGACCGAAUGUCUACUAUUGUUCCGGGCUAUCGAGGAGUUCAAGUGCAUCGAAGUGCCCAGCAGUGAGGCAGACAUGACAGAGUCUCAUCUCGCCCGACUCACCAAACACCUUCACGACCGGGCCGGUAUCUCCGUCGUGGCCGUGACACUCGGUUCUCGUGGCGUUUAUUACUCGGCCGACAUCAGACCAGGCACUCCAAGCCAAGACUUUAUUCCCGCAGUCAAAAUACAGAACGUCGUCGACACCACAGCGGCAGGGGACACAUUUGUCGGAUAUUUUUCGACAGCACUGGCGCGGCACUUAGCUGCGAAGCAGGCGCUGGAUGGAUUCGAUGUCAGGACUGCAGUCAGCAAAGCGAAUCAAGCUGCUGCGAAAUGCAUCCAAAGAAGCGGGGCGAUGGAGAGCAUCCCUUUUGGAUACGAGUAG